AUGAAGAGGUCGUUUGAUAGUGCCUCUGAAGGCUCGAAACGAGUCCAGUUAGAAUCCACCAGUCUAUCCUUGUUAGAUCUUCCUGACAGUGUGCUUUAUCAGAUAUGGGGUGCAGUGAGCACCGAGGAUCUCAAAAGCCUUCUGCUUUUGAAUAGAGAUUAUAGAGAUGCACUCAUCCCACAUAUAUUCGAAUAUGUUGGAGUCACUUGGCACCAGCUUUUGGAGGAUUCCCAGGAAUGUGUGCUCCACAAAUAUAACCACUGCAUCAAGAGCAUCAAUGUCAUACUGCCUGACUCACAGAAGGAGUACAAGGAAAACACAUUUGGCGAGCUUCUUUCAACCAAACGCUAUCCCAACUUAACCAGGGUUGCAGUCAACUCCACCAACUCGUCGUAUUGGCUACGCUACAACAAAUGUGACCAGAUCAGAGAUCUAGAGUUGUAUACCAACGUGUUCCUCAAAAGCAGGAAGAUAUUUGACCUCGCUCAUGUCCAGCACUUUACAUCACUCAGACUGCUUACUCUUGAUGACUACCAUUUUGUUGUCAGCGAGGACGAAAUUGUCGUACCCAAGUUGUACCGCUUGAAUCUCCAUAAUUGCACGUGGAAAUGGCCUUUUACGCUCACCAAGUUCAAUGUUCACGAUACGCUUACCGAGCUUAGUGUGUCCUUCUCAGACGACAAUGUGUUCGUCUUUUCUGAGCGCUUUCGUGACUUUCUACAGACGCCACUCACGGGCCAUUCGUCCUCACUCCGGUCUCUCACGAUUGCCUUCUCCAAUUCCUCGGACAACCCACGAAUUCUUCUUCUGAACGUUCUACAGAAUCUCUUGGACGCGUUCAGCGAGUUGGAAACGCUUACACUCAUCGGUUGGUCCGCUAAUCUCUUCCACAUUAAGCACCUUUUGGUUUCGCGUAGGUUUCAUAAACCACUACGUUUCCAUUUUGAUGCCACAAUACUCGACCCGGAAAACACGAUUUCAGAACAGGUUUCCAAAAUCCAGAGGGUCGAGAACCUCACUUUUAAACUCGGUUACGACAACUUAGAUAGAAAAUGA